CAGUCUCCUCCCCCACACGUACAGGCGUGGCCACCUCAUCUCAAACCAAGUCAGUCAGCAUCAGUCGUUCGAAAUUCAGUGAUCGAUACGUGUUGUGAGUGAAAAAUGGAUUCCGAAACCAAACAAACCAAAAUCCCGCCGAAGAAUUUCUCGAUCGAGUCUAUUGUGGGGAUCGAUCGACGCUCCCCGGAAAUCGACAUCGAGAAUAAUAUCGAUUUCAACGAUGAAGAGGUCAAGAAAGUUGGUUAUUACUUCCAAAAUCGUGUACCGAACUUCCCUUUCUUCAUGUACGAGAAGAGAAAUGAGUACCAGGGGGAGGAUUUGAAGAGGGCAAGCCCCGGGAGUGUCAGGAGUGAGGUGGACAGCGACGGCGCAGAGGACAGACCACACGAAUCGUUGAGUCCACAAUCAGAACAAAUAACAAAUUCAUCGUCAGUACCAGAUCCCAACAUCAGGAGAUACCGCACAGCGUUUACAAGAGAGCAGUUAGCUCGUUUAGAGAAGGAAUUUAUGAAGGAAAACUAUGUAUCAAGACCGAGACGAUGUGAAUUAGCAGCUCAGCUACAAUUGCCCGAAUCUACUAUCAAGGUAUGGUUUCAAAACCGAAGAAUGAAGGACAAGCGCCAACGUAUCGCCGUGGCCUGGCCCUACGCAGCAGUGUACAGCGACCCAGCCUUCGCAGCAUCUAUCCUCCAAGCAGCUGCAUCAUCAGUAGGCCUGCCUUACGGCUACCCUUCAGCCCCAAUGAUCCCCCCCUUCCACAACCCGCAACUUUUACCCUCGGGCUACCCGUACCCCUAUCCCUACCCCAGAUACCCGUACAUUCCACCAACCCCACCUUCCCCAGUCAACCCAGAAGGGCCAGUGAGACCCGGGUAUUCGAAUUUUAACAUUAACGUUGAUAAGUAAUUAGCUGAAAGAAACAAAAUGUUGUAUGAAAAUUAACAAGUAUUAUAAUGUAUCUUAAUAAUUGAUAUUUAUUCAGGAUUUUAUAAAACGAAUCACUUUAACCAUAUUGUAUCGAGAGUUGAAAUAUUUUAUGUUAAAAAAUUGAAAUUUCAUGGUAGUAAACAUUACAUCGAUAUUUUAACGAGAAAUCUAUUGUCAAGUUUGUUCAUUACCAAACUGGCCCUAGUGUAAUAAAGACAAAAUAUCAGGAAAGUUCUUAUGGUAGGAAGUAGAUGAACUGCUAUUCAAAGAAUGAUAUUUCAGUACUACCAGGAUAUUUACAUGAGGAAUCUUUUGUCACGUUUGCUCAUUACCAAACUGGCGCGAGAGUAAUAGAGUCACAAC